AUGGGGUCAUUAGGAGAACAACCACAAGUAACAGAAGACUGCAUGGGUUUGCUUCAACUUCUAAGCAACGGCGCCGUUUUAAGAUCCAAGAGCAUUGAUCUCAUUGCCCAACAAAUCCCAAUCAAUAACCACCAAACCGUUCUCUUCAAAGACUCUAUCUUUGACAAACCCAACAAUCUUCACCUCCGUCUCUACAAACCCGUUUCCGCCUCUAACCGUACCGACCUCCUCCCCGUCGUCUUCUUCUUCCACGGCGGUGGCUUCUGCUUUGGCUCACGCUCUUGGCCUCUUUUUCACAACUUCUGUCUAACUCUUGCAUCGUCCCUCCACGCCGUUGUGGUCGCACCGGACUGCCGUUUAGCACCGGAACACCGUCUCCCGGCCGCCUAUGAGGAUGCCGAGGCCGCUCUUGUCUGGGUCCGGGACCAGGCUGUUUCCGGUGAUGUGGACCACUGGUUCGAAGGUGGACCGGGCGUUGACUUCGACCGUGUUUAUGUCCUUGGUGAUUCCUCCGGUGGGAACAUAGCUCACCACCUUGCUUUCCGGUUCGAGUCCGGUUCAACCGAGCUAAGUCCGGUUCGAGUUCGUGGUUACGUUCUCUUGGGUCCGUUUUUUGGCGGGGAGGAGAGGACUAAAUCCGAGGAUGGCCCAUCGGAAGCUUUGCUGAGCUUGGAUUUGCUUGACAAGUUUUGGAGACUGUCACUACCAAAAGGUGCAACAAGAGAUCAUCCCAUGGCAAACCCUUUUGGCCCCACGAGUCCCAGACUCGAAUCGGUUAACAUUGAGCCAAUGCUGGUGAUCGCAGGCGGCUCAGAACUCCUGAGAGAUAGGGCCAAAGAGUAUGCAUAUGGAUUGAAGAAGAUGGAAGGGAAAAAUGUAGAUUACAUUGAAUUCGAAAACGCGGAACAUGGAUUCUACAACCACAAUCCAUCUUCCGAUGCUACGGAACAGCUUCUUCGCGUCAUUGGAGACUUUAUGGACAACCUCUCUAAUGUACUUUAG